AUGGAAGAAACCUUCAAGACAAAUCAUGAGAAUGUAAUCGCCUAUUGGGAAGCAAAGUGUUUCUACGUAAAGACGUCCUCACCAAAAAAGAAGGAAAGAGACAGCAGGUGUUUCUCAAAGACAGAUUUUGAUUUAAUUUGUGAGCAUUGUGCAAAAGAGAAGAAGAUUACUUCUUAUGGUGAUUUGUGUAAAAAGAAAUUGUCCAAUUUCAUAAGUUUGUUUCGAGAGGAGUUAAAAUCCACCUGUGUUACAGAUGCAUCUUCAUCUCAGGAAAAUAAUGGAGAAGAUGAAUUGAAUCAACUUUGCAUGACAUGUUUGGAUGAAAAGAUAAUGGCAUUAACAUCUGAAUAUGAAAAUACUCGUCAGAAAAUUCUACCUCACUUAACCACAAUGUUCAAACAAAUGUCAAAACAAUAUGACAAUUCAAAGUAA